GGCGCCAUGCAAGUGUUGGGAUACUGCCCUGAGCUGUCCUACAACAUGGCGCUAUGCUGCUACGCAGCCAAGCAGUACGCCCCUGCCCUCAAACACAUCUCUGAUAUCAUAGAGCGCGGCAUCCACCAGCACCCAGAGCUCAGCGUAGGCAUGACCACUGAGGGCAUUGAUGUCCGCAGCGUCGGCAACACCCUGCUCCUGCACCGCACGGCCCUGGUGGAGGCCUUCAACCUCAAGGCGGCCAUCGAGUACCAGCUGCGCAACCUGAAAGCAGCCCAGGAGGCGCUCACAGACAUGCCGCCGAGGGCUGAAGAGGAGUUGGAUCCAGUCACGCUGCACAACCAAGCACUAAUGAACAUGGACAACCAACCCACUGAAGGGUUUGAGAAACUGCAGUUUCUGCUGCUGCAGAACCCCUGUCCACCAGAAACUUUCGGAAACUUGCUACUCCUCUAUUGCAAGCAUCAGUACUACGACCUGGCAGCUGAUGUGCUGGCAGAGAACGCCCAUCUUACUUACAAACUGCUCACACCUUACUUGUACAACUUCUUGGAUGCCAUUAUUACUUGUCAAACUGCCCCUGAGGAGGCUUUCCACAAGCUAGAUGAUUCAGCAGGGAUGCUGACUGAGCAGCUGAGAAAACUCACGAAGCAGGUACAGGAAGCUAGGCAAAAUUGGGAUGAUGAAGCUGUAAAAAAGGCAGUUAAUGAGUAUGAUGAGACUCUGGAUAGAUAUGUACCUGUCUUGAUGGCCCAGGCAAAGAUCUACUGGGACAUGAAGAACUACACAAUGGUAGAAAAGAUUUUCCGCAAAUCGGUGGAGUUCUGUAACGAACACGAGGUGUGGAAGCUCAAUGUGGCUCACGUGCUCUUCAUGCAAGAGAAUAAGUAUAAAGAGGCUAUUAGCUUCUAUGAGCCAAUAGUCAAAAAGCACUAUGACAACAUUCUCCAUGUCAGUGCCAUUGUGUUAGCUAACCUCUGCGUUUCCUACAUCCUGACAAGCCAGAAUGAAGACGCAGAGGAACUGAUGAGGAAGAUCGAGAAGGGAGAAGAGCAGCUGUCCUAUGAUAAUCCUGAUAAAAAUAUCUACCAUCUCUGCAUUGUCAAUCUCGUCAUUGGUACCCUUUACUGUGUGAAGGGAAACUAUGACUUCGGUAUUUCAAGGGUCAUUAAAAGCCUGGAGCCAUACAACAAAAAACUGAGCACUGAUACGUGGUAUUACGCCAAACGGUGUUUCCUGUCCUUGCUGGAGAAUAUGUCCAAGCACAUGAUCAUGCUACGUGACAGCGUUAUUCAAGAGUGCGUUCAGUUUCUGAAGCAAUGUGAGCUGUAUGGAAGAAACAUCCCAGCUGUCAUUGAGCAACCCCUUGAAGAGAAGAGGAUGCACAGUGGGAAAAAUACAGUUACCUAUGAAGCCAGGCUUUUGAGGGCACUGAUGUAUAAGAUCAUUGGGUGGACUCCGUAAAUGGUGUUCCUGUACAGCAGAAAUGAGAACUUUGUGUCUUUCUUUAUCUUACGCUUGUGGGGUGAUGCUCACCCUGGUAGUCCAUAAUGGUAUGGGGUUUUUCUUGAUUGCUUACCGUCAAAGAUUUUGUCCUGUAUUUUAACAACAUUCAGUGGAAAACAGAAUAUUUGCAUGAAAAUAACCUGCACCAAAUGGCUACAGGCAUUCUCAGUAAUCUGUCAUGUUAAAUACACCUUAAGAUGUAUUGACCAAGAACUUAAUUACAGAAAUAUCAGAAUUUUCACCUAUAAAACAUUUUAUCCUUCUGAAAUUUUGACCAAGUUUCUUUUCAUAUGUUGACAGUUGAAUAUAAUCUUAUCCAUCUCUUCUAGCACAGAAAUUGAAAGAACAGAGUUGUUUUAAUUCUCUAAUUUGUGCCCAUGUGUAAAAUGUCUUCCUUCUGCUUUUUCCAAGGUAUUUUUAAUAUGUUACAGACCAUGUUGCUAGUAUAUUUAAACACAGAAAAUGGCUUUAUAAU